CCGAGGUCCUAUUACGUCUAUGCGCCGUCACAGCCCGCAGCCAUCGUUAUGUGUGCUGUGUACGGCAUUAACAGCAUUGUGGCCGUAUAUCGAACGGUGCUUACACGUGCGUGGAUAUGGUUGGUGAUGAUCCUCGCCCUGCUCAUGGAGUGCCUCGGCCACGGGGUGCGAGUCAUGAGCGCCGCCAACGUAACGAACCGCAACGAAUACAUUGCUCAGUUCAUCCUGAUCAUUCUGGCACCGGUUUUGAUGGCUGGUAUCAUAUACGUCGUGUUUGGCCGACUCGUCUCCCUUGUUGUUCCCGCUCGAGCACGCACAACCAAGCUCCUCUGGGUCCCUCCUUGUUGGAUCACGCCAAUCUUCGUGGGCGUCGACAUCGUUGCUUUGCUCUUACAGCUUAUAGGAGCCGUGCUUGUAGCGGGCACGGAACCGAACGACAGCAACGCUCAGCAUAAACUCGAUCUGGGUAAGAAAAUCGCCUUGGCGGGCAUUAGCAUUCAGAUAAUGGGGUUUGGCUUGUUCUCCAUCGUUGCCGCUCGCUUCUACUUCACCUCGAAACAAUUCGCGGCUGACCUGGAGUCGAGGCUUCUGAAAGCGGAUGAAAGGCAGAAGACAGCUACGCUCGAGGGCUCUUCUCGGAAAUUCAACCCCAACUGGAGAACGAUCCUGUUCACCGUCAACGCUUCUUGUGCACUGAUCCUGGUCCGAUCCGUCUAUCGCGAGAUUGAGUUUGCCGAGGGUAAAGGUGGCCAUGUCCAGCAGUACGAGUGGUUCUUCUACAUUUUUGAUGCCCUGCCGAUCGCAUUGGCCGCCAUCUUAUACAAUAUAAUAUUCCCCGGCUCGUACCUUCCGUACAUGGGGUUCCGGGCACCGAAGGAC